AAGAUUUAUUGUCUGAUAAAUCUUUUCAGGAUUUCGGUUUCUUUCUCCGCCAAAGACACGAAAUAUUUAUGUAUGAAAUUAGAACUUUUACUGCGUUUCAAAUUAAAAACAUUAGCCCUUUGAUAGAUCCUUUGCUAUUUUUCAUUGUUUUUGGAGCAUGUUUCCGCACUGCUGCUACAUCUGCCCAUUCAACUGGGGUUGAACAUUAAUAUUAUUGUGUUAUUUUUUUGGUAGUUUGUCGAGGGGUCACGCUGAGUUAGAAAUGCUUUAAAAGUAUUUGUUACUGCUCAGUCUAUGUUAAAAAAGUUAGCGGAAAAACUAAGGGUUGUUUUAGUUUUCAAAGGUACUUUAAAUAUCGCAUAAGCACGAGGGCGCGCCACGUUUUCUAACUAAGCUAAACGACGUUUUGCAGCACUGGCCUUGCCAGUUUGUUUUGUUCGGUUAUUCUACUUCGAAUGAAAUUAAACGUGCCAGAGGUUUCCGCAUCUAUGUUUAAAGUUAAAUUUAUUGGGAUCAGAAAAUAAAAUAACAAAAUGCCAGCCAAAUCAAAGCCGAGACUUUCGCGGGGUGUCCUGGACAUGAAGUUUAUGCAGCGCACAAAAGUUAAAGUGGAAAAAGAGGCAGACGAUGAGCAGAGUAGGGCACUGUACUCGCACGAGAUCAACCAGAAGAUGCUCAAUUCCACCUCGAAUUUUGUGUUGGAGUCCAGCUACUCAAUAUGUGCCGGCCUGAUAGACGGACGCCUCAGUUUCCGGGGCAUGAAUCCGGAGCUGGAACUUCUCAUGGAACAGGAGCUGGCAGAAAAGCAGGGCAAUACAAGGCCGGAGCAGCCCAAGGAGGUCUCCGACCAAGACAUGGUGAAGGCUUUUUAUGCCAACAAGGCGCCCACGGUCACCGGCAGCAUGAGCAAAAAGUUUAACACCAAAAAGGACUUUAAAAGGAAGCAGGUCGGCGAAGAUAGUGGGAAUCCGCAUGCCAAGAAGAGGCAGCACUUUAAGAAACCACGCUCGGAUGACGAUUAGUUUACUACUUAGUUGUUACACACUGACUUAGCUCUUAGUUAAAUAAAAAUACGAUUUCAAUUGUA